CUUACGUGUGAUAGUAAAGCAGUUUCCGUUUUCUUCCCUUUGCUUUAGUGAAAUAUAUUCCCCAUUUCGUUUUAAAUAUAUUUACUGUAAGACCUAUUCCCCUCCUGUGCGAUGUUUUCUCCCCCAAGCUCGCUUAGAUAAUUUCGUUAGUUAAAUGAGGAAUGAAUUGUACGAUAAUGAUAGACGAUGGUGAGAGUAGGAGGGUUCGUUUUGCAUUUCGUAAGCUUUUAUGUUAUCUCAAAACAUUGCCGGGUGCUCACUUGAAGUUUCAGAAGGGGCACCAGCAAAAGAUCAUCAAUUUUCAAAUCAAAAUGAAGAAGAAAAAAACAACAUUCUCUAUUGCAUUUCAUAUCAUUCAGAAGUGGCAGGAACGAUGGGUACACAGUACAGCUUUGACCUAUAUGACGUUCAUACUAAUCACCCAGAAAUUUCGUUUAGAAGGAUCGUGUGACACGAUCACCACUUGCAAAAGCUCUUUCUAGCGUAACAAAAAUCAUCGUGUUGUGCAAUAGUAUCUCAUUAUAGAGCAGAGAUCCGUGCAGGUCUGCAGUGAGGAAAACAAAACUCGUAACUACAACAAGCCAUAAAUGCCAUAGGAAAACAGAACAGAUUCAAUUACCCAAACCUAUUACUCAACGAUACGGUAGCAAGCAAACCAUAGAACUAAGUAACAAUUAGAGAGGCAAUCGUCACGCACAAUCAACCGCGGCAAGAUUCGCAAGCGAUAAUUAUUACAAACGGCCAGUAUGGGCUGAUAGGUGCAGGAAGGUGUGUUCUCGUUUUCUGUUAUGCUUUGUAUCAAUUUGGUGCUCGAAUGCCCACCACCGGGAGGAUUUAAGUUACUUCGGUGUCGCAGUUGAUGUUGUGGCAGACGGGAUGGCAGCGAAACAAAGGCCUUCGCACUGCAUUCCUGUGGGAUUUGUGCAAACAGCAGCACCAGUUUGGUUUACCUUCCGUGGUUUGCCCUUUGAGUCGGAAUGUAGCAGUGUCCGUGCUGCAUUUAACGAUGCAUCAACCGCAGAGAGUGUUACAGCGAGCAAUCAAUUUGUUGCAUUUCACAUUAAUUACCUGUGAAUUUACAUAUGUUUUUCAGCAUCGAACGAUUCCAAGAGAAAAGGAUGCUGGUGUUAAAAUAUCGUAUUGUGACACAAGCCCCAUGCUGCUGCAGUAAGCUCACCGUGCACACAACUCCGCCACUUCGCAAAACGAGGCAUCCGCAAACAAAGACUUCUUUAGAUAGGAUGAUGGUAAACAAUGUAGAAGCUUUGCCUGGCACGGCUGCAUGGCGCAGGGAACCGGUACUUAAUCUAGAACACGUUAUGACCGAUCCAUCAACACUGGCUUCGGGGACACCUCGUGCGCUACUUUACACAUUGUGCAUAAGUGAUGAUGCAGGUGAUGAUGCAUCUGCUCGAUCCCAAGACAGCGACAGUGCGUUCCGGGAUGGGAUGAAAGUGAUGAUGUUUGACUUCUUCUCAUGAGCGCUAUUAAAGAUAUAGCUCCGGUGGUGAUGAUGAUGAUGACUGUUAUUAUGUUGACACUGCAGUUGCCUGCCGGCCGCACCUUUGUGGCGAAGCGUUGUGGUAGCAACGGUUUGGUUCAAUAUAUGUAUAUUAAAGUCUAUGUAAUUGUUUGAUAAGCGGAGAUUGUCCGGCACAGAGAGACCGGCCGUGGUGCUGUGCGUCAGGUGUCAGGUUACACUCGUUUGAGCGCUCGCGCAGAUAGAUGUAAUUCGUCAGUCAUGCUGCUAAACUCUAAUUGUUAAUAUCAGUGUUCUUCCGUGUUUUUAACGAUCUUGUUCUGUGUGUCGAUGGCAACACACUCCUUCAUUCAACUGCUGUCUUAUUCUCUUCAUUAGAUCCAUACUUUCUACCUAUCCUACGGUGAUAUCGUUGGAUCGAUCGUUCGCGAAUCGGAUUGUCAGCGCCUUGUCAGCUGGCUACCGUUUCGUUCGUAUUUUUUCCCAUGUUUCUCUGUGGGUAUCAGCGUUCGUUAGUGUUUGAGUGUGUUCAGAGCAUGUGAUUACAUAACUAUCUCCUGUCGCCUGGGGACUGGUCGAACGAAAGGAUGGUAGGACAGACAGAUAUUACAUAUUGGUAACACACAAGCACACUCACAGGGCACGCAGAGUUGAAGAUAAACCAUUUACGUAGCGAUGUAAGGCAAACCUAGUAUAGAGUGAAACAAACCAACAACAGAACAAAUAAACCCCAAAUUGUGAGAAAACUAAACAUGUAAAACCAUGCUGUGAGAACCUCUAGGAGAAGGAGGAGGAGGAGGAGAAGAGGCAAAGUGCAGAAGAAGAGGUAAUUCGUGAGCGAUACGCAGAUUGCGUUUUAAUCUGUUGCGACCACCAACAAACAGAGGCCGGGAGGGGCAAGGCAGUAUCAGCGAGAAGCAGGAUCGGCAGGUGGCAAAUGAUUAACAAACAACCUCGUGGUGUCUUCUUAUUGCUGGAAAUGUGGAUUUUUUCCCGAAUCGAGUCUUUACAAAUAUUGCUCUGAGUGUAAAGUUUUACAAUUUGCUCCGAAUUCGGAUUGCAUGUGGGUGUCCUUGCGCAGGAUUCUAAUUACCACUCCCUCGCCCCCUCCCCACGCCACUCCAAGACGCACAUACACACCGCCUAUAAAUCGCCACUGCACGGCACGCACGCGGUGCAGUUAAAGGUGGUUUCCGUGAGUGAAUUAAAUGCAAACGAAGUUAUGUACUAUUCUCUAUCGUCAUCAGCAUCAUAAUCAGUAUAUUAAAUAAUAAAGUACUACGGCUGGACGGCACCGCCAGCGUUAGGUUAGCAGCAGUGAAAGAUGUUAAACCCUGAAGGUGUACUGUGAAUGUUAAACGGAUAAACCUAAAAACACAGCAGUGCAACAGUGAAACCAGUUCGGAAGAUUCCGUUUUGGGAUUGGUGUGUAUUACGAUGACAGUAGUUCAGCGGCAACGAUAUCAAAUAUAUAUAGAGAGAGACAGAGAGAGGGAGUGCACUCGUUCGUGUAUAAAGAGGAGGAAACUCUACGGCAAGCCAGCAAGGCAGAGGACGCAUGGAGCGCAUAUGUGUGUAUCUCCUUCAUAUGUAUGUAUGUUUAUCAUGAGUUUCCAUAAGUCAAGAAAGUUAGGCAGGAGGAGCGUAAGCGCAAACAAAUGAAACAGAUCAGAUUAUUCAAAUUCCCUGCUCCCUUUCAGACAAGUUCCCUUUUCCGCUCCAAGUCCAGGAAUCCGGAACCCCGAGUGAACAUAAAAAUUCUUUCCAGUACGUUAAACAGAAACUAUUCUGAUAAAUAAAUUUAAACUGAGAUUAGAAAUAAAAUUAAUGCUAAAUAAAUAAAUGAAACCUAUACAGUA